CAUCGUUGCGAGCAAGUAAAAAAUUAAUUAAAGCCCACCGCACCGCUUUGAGAAACCUUCACCACGUCCUAUAAAUACCCAACUCCCAUCCAACUCCUCUCUCUUGUGAUUUUGGAUAACCUCUCUCUCUCCUCGAGCUUUGUUUCAUUUUUCUUAUUUUGCUAAGAUGCAGAUCUUUGUGAAGACUCUUACUGGCAAGACUAUCACUUUGGAGGUUGAGAGUUCUGACACAAUUGACAAUGUGAAGACAAAGAUCCAGGACAAGGAAGGGAUCCCACCGGACCAGCAAAGGUUGAUUUUUGCUGGAAAACAGCUUGAAGAUGGAAGGACCCUUGCUGACUAUAAUAUUCAGAAGGAAUCUACUCUGCAUUUGGUGCUCCGUCUGCGCGGUGGGAUGCAGAUUUUUGUCAAGACCUUGACAGGAAAGACAAUUACUUUGGAGGUGGAAAGCUCAGAUACCAUUGAUAAUGUCAAGACAAAGAUCCAAGAUAAGGAGGGAAUUCCACCAGAUCAGCAGAGGCUCAUCUUUGCUGGGAAACAACUUGAAGAUGGUCGCACCCUUGCAGACUAUAAUAUCCAGAAGGAAUCAACUCUGCACUUGGUACUCCGUCUGCGUGGUGGGAUGCAGAUUUUUGUGAAAACCCUCACUGGAAAAACUAUCACCUUGGAGGUGGAGAGCUCGGAUACUAUUGAUAACGUCAAGACAAAGAUCCAAGAUAAGGAAGGGAUCCCACCGGACCAGCAAAGGUUGAUUUUUGCUGGAAAACAGCUGGAGGAUGGUCGCACCCUUGCAGACUACAAUAUUCAGAAAGAAUCGACUCUGCAUUUGGUGCUCCGUCUGCGUGGUGGGAUGCAGAUUUUUGUCAAGACAUUGACAGGAAAGACCAUUACUCUCGAGGUGGAAAGCUCCGAUACCAUUGAUAACGUGAAGACAAAGAUCCAAGACAAGGAGGGGAUCCCACCAGACCAGCAGAGGUUGAUCUUUGCUGGUAAGCAGUUGGAAGAUGGACGUACCCUGGCAGACUACAAUAUCCAAAAGGAGUCCACAUUGCACCUUGUCCUCCGCCUUCGUGGUGGUUUCUGAGUCGUUAUUCUGUGAUUGAUCCAUCUCUUGUCAGUCUGUACUUACUUUUGCAAAGUUGUAGAACUGUUUCUGGUUGAAUAAAUGUUGAAUUGGCCGGAA